AUGGCUGGCCAGAGUCUCGACAUAAGCGGCGAAUGCCGGCGACAUUUACCAAUUGCGGAAGUACCUCGGGCGCGCGGUCUUGAAGUCAACUUGAACGUCUUGGCCUCUCCGGUCAUACCACCUCCCCAGGAUUUGAUACAGUACGCAGUUAAACUUCAAUGGAUCCGCAGAGGCGCCAUUUCCUCGGCCGUCCAUGCGAAGACCAUACCAAGUCUAGGCAUCGUGAAUGGGCAGGCAAAGUGCCAACUUUCGCGGAACAGUGCGCUCGGGACAACCUGGAAUUACUGCGGACUUCGGGUGAUCAUCGACAAACAACACCAAGACGGGGUGCCCCAGUGGUGCGGAGACAUGUCUUCGGGUUCCUCUCUGUACCGUUCGGUACCGAGAGCAGUGCAGCUGAGCCGACAAGUCGAGGCUCCCGGAGGCUCGCCUACCACGGGUCAACUGGCCUAUCUGAGUCGACUUAGGCAUCCUGCUGGAGGUGUAGGGCGAAGAUAG